GGCGCGCCGGAGAGCUUGUGGACUUGCGCUGUUCUCCUUUUUCAAUUUUGGCGCCCGUGUCUUCGGUUGCAUUGGUUGGGAUGUGAAAUCCAGUAUCGGCGCUAGUAUACCCGUGGUCGACAAUCGUUUUAGUCCGGCUUGCCCCCUUCCUAUCCGUUUUAGUACCGCGCAAGCUGGGUUUAUUUUGGGCAGAAUGUGGUUUAUUCUGGCCUAGUGCCCCCUCAAUUGUGAUCAAAAAAAGUUCAACUUUUCCACGAGCCUCCCAGGCAUCACCUGCUAACGGUUCCCGCCGUGCUGCUUCCCGUAGCCUCGCCGUACGAACAUGGCAGGGGGCUGCGCCCGAAGGCCGCGGUCGCUGCGUCGGCAACGUUGUGCGGGCGCGUCGCGCCGGACUGCUGCCGCGGCGCCAGGCUGGGCGCUCUGCGUGUGCGCGGCGGCAGCGUUCGCCGGCGCGGCCCUGCCGCGCCUGCUUUCUGGCGGCCUGCAGGGUCGCGCGCGGACGACAGCGGGCUCGGCGCCAGCGGCUCCAGCAACCCACGCCAGGGGAAAGCGCCGUACGAGGUGCAGGAUGCUAGCUUGAAGCGCAUGGGUCCAGAGUUUUUUUUGGCUUUUCGGGCUCCUGGGUCCCUCUUAGGUUCCCGGGACCGUCAGAAACCGACUCGAGAUGAUGACUUGGGCCUCGGGGAAAGUCCAGGGUCUGGAUGACCCCCGUCCAUCAGGACCCUUUUCCUUUAUGGUGAGUGCACGAUGGUACCCUACGGCGUGGGACAUUUGGAGUUGCGCGCUCUUUCUGGGCUUCGGGGAACCUUCCCGCGGCCACGGCAGGGCGCAGCCUGAAAGACUGGUCAGGACUGGCACUUUGGGAAUGGUCAGCGGAGAGCGGAUUCUGAAGGGUCGUCGUGAACCAUGAAGGAAACGAAGGUUCUGAAAGCACAUGGCUUUCUGUGCAGCGCAGGGCAUUUCUGGUGUCCUCUACUGGGCCCUGGGGCCGCAAGGACACGGCUCGGGAUGAGAAGCCGGCCCGGCGGAUGCCUUAGAGAUCCGGGCGUCGCACGUCUGUUCGCCCACAGCAUUUUCGCCUGGGGCUUCGGACCCCGAGACCCUUACGGAUCGAUGCGGCUCAAGAGAUGCCUCAGAGAGAGGUGGGGUCGAGAGCUGUGGCGCUGAUUUUGCACGAUGUUGUGUGUGUUUUUUCGGACGAUCUUGGCGGCUUUCGAGCAGGAGGAGGCCUCGUUCCCUGACACCUCCAGGCGAGUCGGCGCCGCCCACCGGCGAUUUCCGCGCACUGGAGAUAAUAAUAGAGAUGCAGGGAGGGAGGUCCAGCGCCUACCCAAGAAAUCUGCGAGCACCUCCGGAUGUUGGUGUAUAUGUAGGCGUUGUUCAUGAUCAUGCAGUAUUUCGCCUCUGCAGAGGUGCAAAAUGGCGGUUAGCGGAGUACCCUCCGUGGCUGCACACUUCGCAACGCCCAUCUACCGCCGGCGCCUGCACAAUGCCAGGGAGGUGGAGGAACUGAACUCCGAGAUCAUGGUCGAGGCGCAGCAACUCGUGAGCUUCGACGAAAGGGGUCUCCGAUGGUCUGGCAAGAAUUAUCCUGGUGGCUAUACUUCCUUCGCAAGCAUGGGCAGGCUUCACAAAUUCUCGUCCACGUUUUCCAAGCUUGAGCGCUGGGCCAAUCACCAUGUGCGCUCGUUCGCCAAGUAUUUGGAAUUUGACGCUCUCGAUGAUCUGGUUAUGACAGAGUGCUGGAUAAACAUCAUGCCCGAGGGCACGCAUCAUGGUCUGCAUCUGCAUCAGUGCUCCACGCUCAGCGGCACCUACUACGUGGAGACGCCGAGAGGCUGCUCUGGCAUUCGAUUCGAGGACCCACGACUGGACCGCACGAUGGCUGCUCCGCCUCGUGCACACUCGGCGCGGCGCUCCAACAGGCAGGUGGUCGAGUACCCUGCUCGUGCGGGCGAGGUCAUCCUCUGGGAGAGUUGGCUGCGGCACCAGGUUCAGCCAAAUAGAGGAGAGGGUGAUCGCGUCAGCGUCAGUUUCAACUACCACUGGUGCUGAGCUCGUCCCCUCGACGCCUGCGGGCACCUUGCAGGCGGCCGCGGCCCAGUCCCCUACGAAGCCUGGCCGCCCCCGAGCUGCGACUUGCCGCCCCCCCAGCGCGUCGCCGCUGACCCGCCGCUGCGCUGGUGGCCGUCGGGCUCGGGCUCAGGCCGCUGCCGACGGCCAUCGGCGGCGGGGGGCCCGGAAGCGCUGGUUGCUGCGGGCGCCUGGCCGGAGAUACGGAGGCCCAGCUUCGAGCCCAGACCUCCGCCGUGUCGGGCCGCGGGCUCAACGGGCGGCGCUGGACGGCCUGCGGGCCGCGGGCUCGCCUGGCCCAGCUGGCCCUCGGGCCGUGGGGAGGGCGCCAGCCGUGGGCCAGCCGCGCUCUACGGUGCAGGCCGCUGCGCGGCCGCGCGCGCGGGCCGAGGAUUGGCGGCCCAGCGGCCCUCCCAAGGCGCUCGGCGGGGGCGCCUCGCCGCCCAGCGGCGGGCCGCGAUGGGCCCCGACCUCCAGCGCCCUGAGCA